UAACAAAUAUAAUAGAGAGAGCCAAAGAAAGAAUCUAGGGGAAAGAACUAAACAAAAUUAUACAAAAAAUGGAGAAGAAGAAUGUGUUUGUGCUAUGUAUGAUUUUGGCAUUAGUGGGAUCGUCGUUGAUGUUUGAAGGAGUUGAUUGCUGCAGAGCUUUACCAUCGAAGUCGUUGAGAAAUAUUAAAGGACAUGAGCAAUCCCCGGUGACCAUGGAAGUGAAUAACAACUGGGCAAGUCAACGUCCCUUGGUGAAGAGCUUUGUUUACCGGUUAGCGUCUGGGCCAAGCAGAAGAGGACCUGGUCACUGAUAAACAACUACCGCUUUUGAUCGAUGGUGUUUUUGUUGUUGUAAGCUUGAAGUAGCUUGGAGACCAAGCAGAAUAUAUUUAGGAGGAUCUAAAUAUAUAUAUCAAAUUGUUAGUUUUACUUUCUUUAGGAGAUAUCUAAAAUUAGUUUUCCAAAAGUGUUUUGGAAAUAAAGUCUAUAUAUAAGGAGGUCCUAAUAUGUAGCACAAC